GUUGGGGCAGCUGGCUGCCCGUACUGGCUCCCCAGGGCUAGGCCACCCGCUGCCUUCAGAACUGGAAGAGCCGAGACGAGACUUCUCCCAUGCCCCGCUCGUUGCUUCGCAAACGGGAUGGAGCUCGGUCGGGGCCUGCUGGGGCUGUGAUAGAGGUGACUCCAGGGGCCCCUGGCCCUGUGUGGCCGCUGGGGAGAUGGAUGACAUGGGACACUCCAGCCACGCGGGACCCUUGGACUUCCUCCUGGCCAUCGGAGGGGGAGACCAGGAGGCUGACACCCAGGAGCCGUCUGCAGGGCCCAUACCAGACACGGCACCUUCCUUCCAUCCUCACUGCUCUGUGAGCCAAGACCCUUCUGGCUUCCCCUCAAUGCCCCCUGAGGGGCUGGCACCUUCUCUCCCGGAUGGGGCCAUGGGGUGCCUCCAGAGGGAGGGUCCCCCUCCUAUGGAGCGGGGCACCCUGCCCGGGACACCACAGGCGGACCCCCAGCCAGGGGCCGGAGGGAGGCCGAGGGGCAGCUCCAGCAGCUCCGCCCAGGUCAUGUUCUGGGCCGGCAUCCUGCAGGCCCAGAUGUGCGUCUUGGACCUCGAGGAGGAACUGGAGAAGACAGAGAGCUUCCGGGAGGAGCUGAGACGCUGCCUCUCGUCCUCUGCCAAGGCCUCCGACUCCUCGCCGGACCCGAGCCCGGGAGCCCAGCCAUCCCUGAACAUCGUGGAGGACUCGGAGGAGGACGCCAGCGAGGCUGAGGAGGGCAGGGGUGGCUGCAGGGAGGAGCCGGAGGGCUUGUACCCAGAGUGGGGCGAAGAGGAAGAGAGCCUCUUCUUCGACAAUCCCAUUUUCCUGGAGAGUCCCGACUCCGACAUAGGGGUCUCGGAGGAACUGCUCUUCUGGGGUUCUGCAGAGGGGGAGGCCGGCCCAGGCCCCACCCUUGAAGAGGAGGGGACCCCUCGGGGUUGCCCCAGGAUGGGGAGCCCAGGGCUUCUCCAAGGUGAACGCAUGGCUUGGGACCUCGAGACUGAGCAGAGCAGAGUGAACACUGAUGUGGAGCCGGACAGUGAGUCCCCUCCCCCGUUCCCUGUGCCCACCUAUAAAUCGCAUUUUCACUCCUGGCCCCAGGAGGAGCCUCGCUUCCCGGCUACCAUCCCCGCUCCUGCAGCAAAGGUGGUGGAGGACUGGAGCUGUCCCCUAAGUCAAGAAAUGGAUGAGCCUCCCUCCAGCUGCAUGCUCCUCUACUCUCCUGGGAGAGGGGAGGCCUCUGUGGGGCUGCUGCAGGGCCCCACCCCCUCCAUCCCGGCCCCCUCAGCAUCUCUGGAACCGAACUACCCCUGGGACACGCCAGGCCCUGUGACCCCAGAGACCAGCGGCUUCACCCCUGGCCUCACGCGGGAGGAAAGCGCCGGCCUGCAGGCUCAGGGCUUUAGCAGACCGUUCUCCGAGGAGAGGCCAGAGCCACCGAACCUUUCCUCCCUGGAAGAAGCAGGUGCCGGGCCGGAAAGCCCAGUCGGGAGUGGGUCCCCGACCCCAGAGCGUGAAGUUGAGCCCACAGGGGAGGCUGUUUCGAAGGAAGCUGGGCAGAUCCAAUGGGAAAUCCAUCCAGCAGCCUCCGAAGGGCACCAUCCCACCCCCCAGCUCCAGGCGGACCCUGAGCCAGAGCCAGAGGAGCUGAGGCCAGCAGGCGGAGCGGAGAAAACAACGGACAAGGUGGCUAAUGGGGUGGCCCCUGACCUCCAAGCGGCCCGGUGCUUAGCCACCCGCCUCUACCACCUGGACGGCUUCCGGAAAUCGGAUGUGGCCGCCUACUUGCGGAAGAACAACGAGUUCAGCCGGGCAGUGGCCGAGGAGUACCUGUCCUUCUUUCAGUUUGGCGGCCAGAGCUUGGACCGUGCCAUUCGGCACUUCCUCCAGGCCUUUGUGCUGACCGGUGAGACGCAGGAGCGGGAACGAAUCCUCUGCCGCUUCUCGGAGCGCUACCACCGCUGCAACCCCAAAGCCUUCUCCUCAGCAGACUCAGUGCACACGCUGACCUGCGCUCUGAUGCUACUCAACACCGAUCUGCAUGGGCAGAACAUCGGGAGGAGCAUGAGCUGCCAGGAAUUCAUAACCAAUCUGGAUGGCAUGAGGGAUGGAGGAAACUUCCCCAAGGAGCAGCUAAAGACCCUGUACACGUCUAUCCGCAACGAGAAGCUGGAGUGGGCCAUGGAUGAGGAGCCCGCCCCCCCAGAGAAGUCCAGGCCACCCCCCACCUUCGGCCGGAAAGCCAGUAAUCCCUUCCUGCAGCUGUCACAUGACUUCACGGCGCCCACCUACAAGCAGGGUCUACUGGCCCGCAAGAUACACGCGGAUGCUGAUGGGAAGAAGACGCCGUGGGGGAAACGGGGCUGGAAGAUGUUCCACACGUUGCUCCGGGGGAUGGUGCUCUAUUUCCUGAAGGGAGAGGAGCCGUGCCCGGAAGGCUGGAACCCAGUGGGGCCAUUGAUGGAGGAGGCGGUGGGGGUACACCAUGCACUGGCCGCCCCAGCUGACCAUUACACCAAGAGACCACACGUCUUCCAGCUGCGCACAGCGGACUGGCGCCUCUACCUCUUCCAGGCUUCCACAGCCAAGGAGAUGAAUUCCUGGAUCAUCCGCAUCAACCUGGCAGCCGCCACGUACUCAUCCCCACCCUUCCCCGCCGCCGUCGGCUCGCAGCGCAAGUUCAUCCGGCCCAUCCUGCCCACCGGCCCGGCCCAGAGCUCCCUGGAAGAGCAGCACCGCUGCCAUGAGAGCUGCCUAGACGCCGCCUCUGAUGACCUGCUGGAUCUUCAGAGGACUCUCCCUGAGCGCCGUGGCCGGGGACGCGACCUGGAGGAAUUCAGGCUGCGGAAGGAGUUUCUGGAGUACGAGAAAACCCGCUAUGAGACCUACGUGCAGCUGCUGGUCACCCGACUGCGUGACGGCCCGGAUGCCGACCUGGAGCUCUGGGAAGCCCGGCUGGAAGAUGAGGCCCAGGUGGCCCAGAACCCAGAGCCCAGCCUCAAAAAGUCCCACUCCAGCCCCUCGCUGCACCAGGAUGAAGCCCCCACUACCGUCAAGGUGAAGCGCAACAUCUCGGAGAGGAGGACGUAUCGCAAGAUCAUCCCGAAGCGCAACCGCCAACAGGAGUGAGCCUGGGGCUCCCGCAGAACCUCUGGACACAGCCAUCCUCCCUCCCACACACCUCAACCUGCUCUGCGCUCCCUACGGCCCGUUGCCCCAUUCCCUCUUUAGCUGCCAGGCGGCACCGCUGCCCUGGGUUGUUCUCCAGCGGGGUCUCUGGUGGGGUCUCUGGAUGGAGACCCCGGAGAGGGAGCAGUCUGGGCGGGGCAGAGUGGGGGCCGGGGACACUGCUCUCCCUCCGGCCUUGGGCCUCCAGCCCUGGCUCCCCCCCACAGUUCCUCCUUGCCCUUCGUUUCUCUGGACCCUUCGAAGGCAGCAGAAGCAUUUGGGGAGGGGCCCCAAGAGCCCAGAUUCUCACCCCUAUCUCCAGCACGGAGGCCACUAGCUGCUUGGCUGCUUGGCUGGGACUGUGCUCACCCUGCGCCGGGGGAAGCCUUCUCUACCUGCCCGGGCCUGGACCAGCCAGGCACUGCAAAGGUGUCUGAGCUCUGGGCAUGGAGAAGCCUACCUGGCACCCCUCGAAGACACCACAGCUGGAGCUGGAGCCGGCUGCAGGCUCCACCCCAGACCUGGCCUCUGCCCUCUCACAACCUCUGCCCCAGAGUGGGAACCUGGCGACUCACGUUCCCUAAAGAAGGGGGAACGGGACACGUCACGGCUGGGACUCUGGAGCGUGAGGUGCCAUCAAUA